UUACAAACUGUUAGGUUCUUAUUGCAAAGGUUAUUGGAGGGAGGGGCGCAGAGCUUCUCAGCACAUCACUCUCAUACAGUAUUGACAAACACAGGACCAAGAAUGUCCAAAUGGGGGUAAUGUCUUUUAUGUUGGGCUAUGUGUGCUCACAUGUUCAUAGAAUCAUAGAGUUGGAAGAGACCACAAGGGCCAUCCAGUCCAACCCCCUGCCAAGCAGGAAACACCAUCAAAGUAUUCUUGACAUAUGGCUGUCAAGCCUCUGCUUAAAGACCUCCAAAGGAGGAGACUCCACCACACUCCUUAAUGUUAAUUAAGUCAUACACAAGGUGAACAGAGGAGAAAGGUGUGACUUCCUUGCAUUUAGGUGUGCUGCAAACUAAAAGGAGCACAGUAAGAAGCACAGCUGAGCUGAGUGUACUGGUAUGCAGUUAUCUGCCCACUAGUGGUGCUAAACUGCUAAGCUUAAAGUUCCCCAAAAUGUUAUUUGACUUGGAUCCAUUCUCUGGUGCUGUGCACUCGUGACGCAUGCAGCUGCCUUCCUACUUGCUUAUACCUCUAGCCUAACGGGGAGUGGCUGGAAUGCAGUUACACAGCAUAUUUGUAGCCUACAGGUGCUUCAGUUUCCCCUUUUAAUUGUCUUACCUCCAGUAUGUGUAGAAGUCCUUAUAAACUUAAUGUCAUUCAAGUCAACCACGUAGUUCCUAUUUGGCACAGCACUGGAGAAGUAUUGAAUCACAAUCCUUGCCUCAACCAAGUUGCUUAAAAAUGCAUAAGCUCCUCUUUCUGCAGGUAGCAUUCUUUACCAUUCUUUUUUUUAAAAAAAAUAUCCCUUGUAAGUAUUCAGCAAGCAAGAGUACUAAAAUAAAAAUCAGUAAAAAUAACAAUGCAGAGCCAAUGUAAACCUGUUACACUGAGGUAGUCUGAUCAUUAGCUUAGAUGGCUUUAAUAUGGGAUUAGAGAAAUUCAUGGGGGAGGGAUCUAUUAUUCAGUCUUGGACUUGAGCUCACCAGGUUGUGAUUUCAAACAUCACCAAAUUAUAUAUAUAUAAAAGCAGCCAAUGAAACCAAUCCUAAAACUGAUGUUUUUUGUUGAGAACCCCGGUGUAAGCAAGUCCUCUGUGCUAACCUGCUUCCUAGUAGGCAGCUGUUUGGCAUACAUAGAAGUGGCAACUCCUGACAUCGCCCUUUUUCUCUCGAUCAUAAAUCACACUCCACACACCCAUGAGCUUUGUUUCCAGAAGGUGAAAACACAAGAAUAAGAGAAAAUUGCCUUAGGUAUUCAUUCCAUGCCAUAUAUAAAUUGUCACUGCUUGGCUCCAACAGAGAAAGGGUGGACCAAGGGUUCAUGUGCAAUAUGAAAACACCCUUUGCCUAGAUAAAUCCCAGUGUGGCGCAGCUAUGUUUGGGAGGGGAGAGGGAAGAGAAAACAAACUUCCGGGAGAGGGAGCCUCAUGGCUGAUUGAUUUUCUCUCAUCAGUGGUAGGCUGAUUAGAGAUAACUCUGUUGAGUACUGCUUUUGCAAGACUGGAAUCUGGGUUCGUUCCUCAGAACAGACAGCAGGGCCAGCCCAAGACAUUUGGGCACCUGAGAUGAACCACAAAAUGGCAUCCCCUUCCCUGACAGGGAAGAAGGGAUGAAUGAAGAUCUGCAAUGGAAUCUGCUGUCUGAGGAGGUCACCUCACCUUCCCUCACAGGGAAACUAGAACUAACUAAAAUGUUGAGAGAGAUUAAAUAGUCUGAGGAAAAAACAGGCCAGAAUAAUACUGUAAACAUGUACAUGACAAGGGAAUUCAUUUUCAAGUUUCUCAGCAAAGGAAGUAAACAGAAUCUUGGAACUAAGCAGAAGGCAAGUCACAUGUACUCCACCUAUUCUGUCAACAACUAGAAAAAAGGGGAAACAAUAUGGACUGUGGGAAGCGUUAAUGGCACUCAAGCAGAAAUUAUGGAACCUCCAAAUGUAUUUAGGAUUGGCUGUGAAUUUAUAUUAUUUACUAUGUAUUCUAAAUGUAUAUGAAGAAAUGAUACUAAUAUUAGGGCUCUUGGCACACUGCUCCAGACCUGAAUACAUCACUUGAAGUAAAUUAGCAGCUUCUGAUUUGAUUCUUUACCUCCACUGGUUGUGUGGAGGGGGCGUUAUAUAGAAGGUCAAGUGGAGAGAGAGAUGGGGCCCCAGCAUAGCUGUCAACUUUUCCUUUUUUUAAAGGGAAUAGGAUUCCUUUAUUCCGAAUAGGAUUCCUUGUGAGAAAAGGGGAAAGUGGACAGCUAUGGGCCCCAGAUAUAUUGAACAAAGAAAUUUGGUGCAGUCAGGAAAAGGUGGGGGGGCGGGGAGAAGUCUCUAGAGCUCCACUCAGCAGCAUGAGGGCCCCCAAACGUAACAGGACCUACUUAUCAUGAAAGGCCCCUCCAGACUGUUGCUUUAUUAUGGGUGCAUUCUGCUACAUGUUGGUGACACAUAGUAAUGAAUUAGUGGUGAAUUUAUUCUGCAUUAUUAGUUGUGCAACACUUCCCCAGUCCUGCCAUAUAAUUACUGUCCAGAUGAGCUUUCAUGCAAGAAAAGUGUGGCAAAAAUAAACCAUAAUAUUUGUGGUAUAGAAAGUCACAAGAUUUUAGCAGAAAGAUAUGGGACAUGCACUGACUGGAAAUGAAGCAGUGUGACCACCCCAAAAAUUUUGCAGGCAUAAGUAGUAUAGAAAAUGAGAUUAUGUAUGAGCACCUGAGGAGCACAAAUUAUGAAUGUGUGGUAAAAAGUAUGGAUGAAAGGGUCCAAAAUUUGUGAAUAAUACACAUAUCUGAAGAGCCCCCAUCCUCAACCAGACCAUUUAAGUCCAGAAUUUAAAAUUACCUCAUUGACCCGCUGAGGGGGAAAUGGCUGCUGUUCCUCAGCUGGCUGUGACUCACGCUCGUUAGGCACCAUGGCUUGUAUUAAGGAGAAUCAGAGUGGGGGGGGGAUAGAGGGCUGUAGCUAGCUAAUGCUCACAAUUCAGUCACGUCUUACUAAUUUCAAUGGGCCUACUCUGAGAAGCACUAGUACUGAAUACAGCCCAGAGCGUUUGGUGCCUACCCACUUUGAACGCACUUGCCAAUAUUGGAUAAUGUGUGACUUGCAGGUGGGGUCUGGGCAGCCAAACCUGCUUGGUGAGUCCCCAGGCCUGACUCACUGAGUGACGAGACAGGUGGAGCCCUGGACUCUUAGCAGCCAGCCGUCAUUCCUGGUCAGUGCUGAAGCGAGCCAAGCCCUGGCAGCACCAUGGCCCUGAGUGUCAGCGUCAAGAGGGUCACCCACCUGCCAGGGACAGGGGAGCGGCAGGUGCAACUGAGUUUCCGAGGUUUUACUCAGAAGACAAAGAAGAUACACUGUGGCCAGGAAGUAGUCUUUGGAGAGCUUUUUCGCUGGCCGCACUAUGGAAAGCUGAUUAUGGAAGAGAUGCUGAUUGUUAAAGUUUACAACUGCAGUAAGGUAUUCAGUAAUAGAUUACUUGGUUCCUUAGUUAUAAGCCUUCAGCACUUAGUAACAUCUGGACGGCUAAACAUCAGAGAGCCUCUGGUUGACAAAAACUACAGCAUCACAGGUAUCUAUAUUGAACUAGAGCUGCGAUACCAGCCUCCUGAUGGAGCCGCAGGAACAUGGGCUGAAGAAGAUUUUGUCUAUCAGAUGAAAGACAGCUCAGAGGUUAUAAUCCGCAACCCUGGAUUUGAGGAGCUGGACCCUGAUGAUGUGAAGCGAGCUGCUGAUCUGGAUAGGAAGGCUGCAGUACUUGGCAGGAAACUUGUCAAAGGCUUGGAGACUGAUGAUGAUGAUGAUGAUUGUUAUGAUGUGUCUGACAUGGAGUUCUCCGGCAUUGUCUUCACUCCUGUCAAGAGCCGUUCUAGGGUCUUUUCCAAAUGGGACUUGUAUGCUACUCCUAGACCACAGAACUUCCAGAUUGGCAUAAACAUUAUUGAAGCCCAGAAAUUGGUGGGAGUGAAUAUUGACCCUUUUGUAGUUGUGAAAAUCGGAGAUGAGAAGAGACACACAGCAACACAAAAGUCAACCAACUGUCCCUUUUACAAUGAGUAUUUUACAUUUGAAUUCCAUGAACCGAGAGAUGUUUUGUUCCACAGACUCAUAGAGAUUUCUGUCUUCCAUUCAAAGAAGAUCCGAUUCUUAGGUGCACUCAUAGGGAUAUUCAAGAUUGAUCUAGCGACUAUAUACAACCAGCCAGAUCACAGAUUUUACCAUAAGUGGGCUGUUAUUCAUGACCCCAAGGACACCAGGGCAGGAGUUAAAGGCUUUGUGAAAUGCAACAUUUCUGUCAUUGCACGGGGGGAUGUAAUGAGUUCCCUUCCCACUACCUCAACAAGUCAGAAUGAAGACAUUGAAAAGAACUUGCUGCUGCCUAAAAGAGUCCCAGCUGAGAGGCCAUGGGCGAAAUUCUGCAUCAAAAUGUACAAAGCAGAGGGUCUGCCCAGCAUGAGUGCAGGAAUCAUGGGUGGUUUUUCAAAGAUUGUGGGUGAGAAGAAAGUCUUCAUUGAUCCAUAUGUGCAAGUUGUUUUUUCUGGUCAGCAGGGAGAAACUUCGGUUGAAAGCAGUACUACAGAACCAGUGUGGAAUGAACAGAUCAGCUUCAUUGAAAUGUUCCCGCCUCUUGUCAGAAAAAUAAAAGUCCAAAUGUUGGAUGAUGCCAACAUUGGAGAUGUUGCCCUUGCCACACACUUUAUUGACCUGCAGCAAAUAUCUGAUCCUGGCAGAAAUGGCUUUAAUCCCACCUUUGGCCCAACCUGGGUGAAUUUAUAUGGAUCACCCAAGAAUUCUGCCCUGCGAGAUGUACACAAAGAUCUCAAUGAAGGUCUGGGUGAAGGCAUAUUCUACCGCGGGCGUCUUCUCAUGGCCAUUAGUGUGGAGAUCUUUAGCACUAUCCAGGCAGCAGAAAAAAAGCCUGUGGAAGCUCUCAAAGGUGCCCUAAGUAAGCUGAAGCUGAAGAAAAAGAGCAAAAAGGCCAAGGAGAAAGCCAAAGCUUCUGUCAAAGAGCAGCAACGAAGCCAAUCUGAGGUUGACGUCCAGGAGGAGUCUGACCAGCCAAGUGAGGUGAUUGUGGAGGUAGAGGACCUCCAUCCUCUCCCAGAGAAUGCCCUGGGACUGAAAGAAGAAUUCCUUCUCUUUGCCUCCUUCUUUGAGGUGACUAUGAUGGAGCCAGCAAUAGGUAGCAAGCCUGUGAAGUUUGAGAUCUCCAUAGGGAACUAUGGCAAAGCUGAAGAAGUGAUGACCAAAAUUUCCAAGAAAGAUGAGAAGGGAGAAAAGAGUGAAGACAAGCAACCUUUGCUGGAGCCCAGUUCAGAUGAUGAGCUGGAUAUUGAAGUCAUAGCACCAAGUACAACUUUGCUUGAUAAAUCUAUGACUGAGAACCAAAGACCUGAACCCACUGAAUAUGACAACUCUUACAGCUGCGUGCCAAUGCUGCAUGAGAAGCCCUGUGUGUAUGUUUGGAGCUACUGGGAAGACUAUACCUGGAGACUCUGUAAUUCCAACUGGAUUGUCAAAAUAGCAGAGCGUCUGGAACAUGGACUAGAAGAGGUGGAGAAGCUCCUGAGGAGACCAAGGUCAAAGGCAGAUGAGAGGCUUCGGCAGGUUCUAGAGGAGUUUGUAGCUGGAUGUAGGCAGUAUUCUCUUAACGUGGACAAAAAGCCCAUGGCCCGUCCAAACAACCUUGAUCGAUGCCGGAUGAAAUCUCUACCACAAAACAUUAUACUAUAUGCAAAACAGGGGAUGCGCAUAAGAAGGCGCCUGACUCGCACCAAUGUCAAGGAGAAAGUAAAUGAGACAAAGAUAAUCUUGUCAAAGCUGCGCUUCCUGGCUAAUGAGCCCCAAUGUCCUAUCCCUGAUGUCCUGAUCUGGAUGUUUAGCAACAACAAGCGUGUCGCAUACACUCGGAUCCCUGCCCAACACAUCCUUUAUGCAGUGGUAGAAGAGGAGAAAGGCAAGGACUGUGCCAAGAUACAAACUGUCUUUCUCAAGGUUCCAGGGUCACAGAGUGGAGAAAUCUUUGCAAAACUGGAAAUCUACAUGUGGCUUGGGGUAACUAAAUAUGUGAAGAACAGCACUGCAGAGCUACCAGAGGAGUUCAAACCAAUAUAUGAUAAGGCUGUGCAGGCUGCAAGGAUUCCAGCGUACAUCCCACCCAGUCAGCUCAACAGAGAUGACUUCAGUUACUUUCAGCUGCGUGCCCAUUUGUACCAGGCUCGGGGGAUUCUCCCAGCUGAUGAAAAUGGCCUUUCUGAUCCAUUUGCAAAAGUGGUGUUUUCAACUCAGUGCCAGACUACAUGUAUCUUGGAAGAGACACUCAGCCCGAUGUGGAAUGAAUUACUUCUGUAUGACCAGCUCAUUAUCGAUGGAAAGAAGGAGGACUUGAAGACAGAGACUCCAAUUGCUGUGGUCAAUAUCUUUGACUACAAUAAAUUUGGCUCACCUGAGUUCCUUGGCCGAGCCUUUGUUACACCACUGGUGAAGCUGGUAGACGAGCCAUAUAGCAAACCUUCUCUCCAGUUUUUUGACAUUUACAAGGGACACAAAGCAGCUGGGGAAUUAAUUGCUGUCUUUGAGCUGAUUGAACUGGAUUAUAGUGGCUACUUAGAGCCAUCAGUGCCUAGUGAUGUAGAACCCAAGGAGCCGGAAUAUUUGGGAGACCCCCGUUCUGGACGAUUCAUUAUCCCUGAAGGUAUCCGACCAAUCCUUAAAGAGUUUCGUAUAGAGAUCUUGUUUUGGGGCCUGAGAGAUCUGAAGCGUGUGAACCUGUUUGAGGUUGACCAGCCACAAGUGAUCAUUGAAUGUGCUGGGAAGAAAGUGGAAUCUGAAGUGAUUACAGUGUACAAAGAGAACCCAAAUUUCAAUGAACUUGUCAAAUUUGUUGAUGUGGAGCUUCCAGAGCAGGUGUACUUGCACCCACCUCUCAGUAUCUUCGUGGUGGAAAAGAGGGCCUUUGGACGCUCUGUCAUGGUGGGAACUCACAUAGUUUCCCAUAUUAUGAAAUUUGCUCCGAAAGAGCUAGAUGAGUUGGAAGAGGAAGAUGACAGUCCAUCCAAAACACGGAAAGCCUCACGGCCGAAAAUCUCCAAAUCAGUUCUGAAUCUUGGUGCAGCUGCUGGGAAGACGGUGAUAAACAUUGGAGCAGCUGCUGGUCAGACAGUAAUAAAUAUUGGUGCAGUUGCUGGAGACCUAGGAAGCAAAGUAAAUCCCCUUAAGCUUGCAAAGGCACCUCUGAAGAAACUCCCAAUUGAUAAACUCAUGCCGAAGGAGGAAGAAUUUGAGGAGGAAAAGCCUGAGAAAGAAGAGCUGGAUUGGUGGUCUAAGUACUAUGAAUCAUUAAAGGAAUUAAACAACCAGUCCUUCAGUGAUGAGGAAGAGGAAGAGGACCCAAAUGAUCCAGAUGUUGCUUCUCUUGAAGUGGAAGGGGACCCUGGCCCGAUAGUGGAAGUUGAGCCAGUUCGUCCCAAAAGGAAACUUAUAGCUACAUUAAAGAUCUACAGUUCGGAGCUGGAAAACGAGUUUGACAAUUUUGAGGACUGGCUACAUAUUUUUCCACUUCAUCGUGGGAAAGCCAAUGAGGAUGAAGAUGGAAAUGAAGAGGAUAAUUUAGUGGGAAAAUACAAGGGCUCAUUCUAUGUCUAUCGGGCUGAAGAGGCAGGUGCAGAGCACAAGAUCUCCCAGGGCAUCCCCAGAAACAGACCCGUUAAGGUCCUUGUCCGAAUUUAUAUUGUAAAAGCAACUAAUCUGAGUCCAGCAGACCCCAAUGGCAAGGCAGAUCCCUACCUUGUGGUUAAAAUUGGGCAGCAACAGAAGGACACCAAAGAGCGGUACAUCCCAAAGCAGCUGCAUCCAGUCUUUGGAGAGGUGCUGGAGCUGAGCAUAUCCUUUCCCAUAGAAUCAGAACUCACCAUAUCGAUAUUUGACCAUGAUUUGGUCGGAUCAGAUGACUUAAUUGGGGAAACAAAGAUCGACUUGGAGAACCGAUUCUACAGCAAUCACAGAGCCAACUGUGGGGUUGCCUCGCAAUAUGACACAGAGGGAUACAACAUGUGGCGUGAUGCUUUCAAACCCACACAUAUCUUGGACAGUUUGUGUAAGAAGAAUUCACUCCCCUCAGCUGAGUACAGGCGGGAGGAAGUCAAAGUAAACAACAAGAUUUUUAAGAUCCCUCCUGAAGCUUUUCCUGAAGAAGCCUUUGUAAAAGACAAGAAAGAAAACGAAGAUGAAACCUGGUCCGCUUAUGAUGAGCACAAGGCUUUGUAUGUUCUUCAACACUGGGAUGAAAUGCCAGAAUAUGGAUAUAAAUUAGUACCAGAACAUGUAGAAGUUCGGUCCCUUUACAAUCCAGACAGCCCGGGUCUCCUACAGGGUGCUCUCCACAUGUGGAUCGAUAUGUUUCCAAACGAUGUCCCUGCACCACCUCCUGUCAACAUCAAACCACGACUCCCAAUCAGCUAUGAGCUGCGUGUCAUUAUCUGGAACACGGACGAUGUGGUCCUUGAUGACGUCAAUCCGAUAACAGGAGAAAUCUCCAGUGACAUCUAUGUAAAAAGUUGGAUCAAAGGACUGGAGAAGGACAAGCAAGAGACAGAUGUUCACUUUAACUCUUUGACUGGGGAAGGCAACUUCAACUGGAGAUUUGUGUUUCGCUUUGACUACCUCCCAACAGAAAAAGAGAUAACUUACAAAAAGAAGGAUUCAAUCUUCUCUCUGGAGGAAUCGGAAUUUCGAGAGCCAGCUGUCCUGGUCCUUCAGGUCUGGGAUUAUGAUAGGAUUUCAGCAAAUGACUUUCUAGGAGCCAUUGAGUUGAAGCUGAACGAUAUGGUGAGAGCCGCCAAGAGUUCAGAGCAGUGCACCAUCAAGAUGGCCAAGGAGAAGGCCAUGCCCCGUUUCUCCAUCUUCCGAAACAAACGAAUGAGAGGCUGGUGGCCAUUCAUCAAACUCAAGGGCCAGGAAGACAUUGAAAGGGAAGAGAGGGAGGCUAAGCAGAAGAAGAAAAAGAAGAAGAAGAAGAAGAAGUGGGGGAGCUCUGUAAAACCAGAAGACGUUGAGUUUUCAGAUCCUAGUGGAAAUAUCUUCAUCCUUACCGGAAAAGUGGAAGCCGAAUUCCAGCUACUGACUGUAGAGGAGGCUGAGAAUGCCCCAGUUGGUCGGGCACGGAAAGAGCCUGAACCCUUAGAGAAACCCAACCGCCCGAAAACAUCCUUCAACUGGUUUGUGAAUCCCAUGAAGACGUUUGUCUUCUUCAUUUGGAAGCGGUACAAGAAGUACAUAAUUGCACUGCUUAUUAUUGCAAUUCUGACCAUAUUCUUGGUUCUCAUUCUCUACACAAUGCCGGGAUACAUCAGCGAGAAGAUAAUAAAUGGCUAAAGACAGUGCUUUCUGUCCUCUUCCCCAAGUUGGGACUUGACAAAGGAAGAUAACGGUGACUUCUGUGCCAAAGACACCAAGGAGCAUGUGCAGCUGGCUGAUUGUGCCUGGAGCACUUUGGAAAUGCAACUGUCAGAGUAAGGGAAGAGACAGCCCAUUUUUGGCAGUCAGGCACCCUGCUCACAUCUGUGAUGUGAUGACAAUGAUCUCUGAAGAGCUUUUGGAAUGAUUCAUUAAACGCCUUGUCUGUCAUUAGCUCUUAAGAUGGUAUGCUUGUUCUAUGACCCAGCAACUCUUUAUAGCUAAAGCAAUCAACUGUCACUUAAGAAGAAAAUUGGAAGAGGCCACCUAUAGCAAUGGAUAUAGAAGCAUGGGAACCUAGCCAAAUGGAAAGGAAUUUAUAGUUUUAUGCCACUGCUGUCUGUGUCUCCAAAUCAUAUGAGUCUGGUAUGUGGGCGUGGUUUGCUAGGAAUCGCCUGGCAGGUCCAAUUGAUACCCCUAGUGGUUCACAGUUGGUCUGUGGGUUGGCGGUUCCCCAUUCCUUAAUGUACUGGUCUGAGAAAUGUGGAUUUGCUAAAUCUGCAUUAAAAUGCGGAUCACAUUUCUCAUCCAUCCCUACACUCUACUGCAAUAAGCAGUAUACAUGCCAUCAUGUAUGGAAGUGGGAGACAGCUGUGCGGUUUUCCAUUUUUGUGGAAGAUGCGCAGAUGCUGGAAAUCGUGUCUGUGCAGAUGCCAUAAAUCACGGGCAGGCGUGUUCACAUGUGCGCACAAUCUGGCCCACGGAGGGAUCUUCACUGGAGUGAACUGGCCCAGGUGAGGUAAACCUUGCCGACCCCUGGCCUAAAAGGUGCCUCUGACAUUUGUGCAACCUCAUUGUUUGAAGAACUAUUCAGCAUUAUCUAGCAAAACGAUUCAAUUUUCCCAGCAAGAUACUGCACUUUUGGAGCAAAGAAAAUGUGUUGUCUUGGCAACAGAAAACUGUCUUGGACAACCCCCCCCCCCCAAUAUUGCCUGUAUUAGCUGAAAUGCUGCUUGUGUCUUUUUGCCCUGUGAAAUAGUGACAUUGAUAUAACAUGAUUUUUUGCUGUUCUUUAAAGAUUAUAUGCACUUUUAAAAUAAAAAACACUGCCACUUUUGCAACUUACAGGCUGGUUUCCCCCCCAGAAAUGCAUAUUUCUACAGAUGUAUUUUCUUCUCUCUGUGUGUUUCUCUCCCUUACAGGUGAAGAAGCCACUGAGGGUGGGCAGUUUUAAGCUUAAAAAGCAGCCUGAGGGUUAAAAUGCAAUGCACCUCGCUAUAGUGGAGAAACUAUAGUGACCAGGUAACCUGGUCUGUACUAUUCAGGUACUAAGUGUUGAUGGGGGACUUCAAGGUCUCUCUCUCCUGCUUCCCCAUAUUCUGAUUCUUUAUAUUUGAACUAGACUUGGACUGAGUGGUUUAAACAGAAUGUAGCUGUUCAAGUAGUAAACAUAAUGGAUAACCCUACUCCCUUAUCAAGAGAGAGUGAGGGAAUUACUAGGUUUCAGUGAGGAUUCAAAAACAGUCAGGGGUGCC